AAGAAAAUAUUUUAGGCAAAAGCAUUUCCAAUAGAAGUAUUUUACAGCUACUUCCAAGACUUCUUUCGGAAUUCUCUCUCUCUCUCUCUAAAACUCUCUUGGCUGCAGCUUUUCCUGUGGUCGGUCGUUCUAAAAUGGCUCGAAAUAAGGAAGCAUUGGUUUUGUUACUUGAUGUUAGCCCAUCGAUGCAUAAUAUUUUGCAAGAAGUUGAAAAAGUCUGCUCCAUGCUAGUUCAAAAGAAGUUGAUUUACAGCAAAUAUGAUGAAGUAGGAGUUGUUUUAUUUGGAACUGAAGAUACGAACAAUGACCUGACAACGGAAGUGGGUGGAUAUGAACAUGUGAAUGUGUUGCAGCAGAUUAGAGUUGUUGAUAAAGAUAUCGUUGAAGCUUUACAGCAGCUUCCUCGAGGAACUGUUUCUGGUGAUUUUCUUGAUGCCAUUGUGGUGGGGAUGGAUAUGCUGAUAAAAAAAUUUGGACCAACAAACAAGGGCAAGAAACGCCUUUGCCUUGUUACAAAGGCACAUUGUCCUGUUAAAGCUCCGUAUGAAGGAACAGAGGAGGAUCAAGUCAACACCAUUUCUGCUCAGAUGCUUGCACAGGGUAUCAAAAUGGAUUGUAUAGUUCCAAGGGGAAAGCAAACUGUGGAUGGAAAUGGGGGAGUGAUGGAAGAGAAUGAUCAUCUGCUGGGUGUAUUUUCUAAGAAAAGUUCUUCGAAGGUAGUUUAUGUGGAGAGUCCAACUUCAUUAUUAGGUGCACUUAGAACUCGGAGAAUUUCUCCUGUCACAAUAUACAGAGGUGACCUUGAAAUAAGCUCAGCAUUGAAGAUCAAGGUAUGGGUUUACAAGAAAACAGCUGAAGAGAAGUUUCCCACUCUCAAAAAGUAUUCUGAUAAAGCGCCUCCAACAGAUAAGUUUGCUACUCACGAAAUCAAGGUAGAUUAUGAGUAUAAAAGUGUUGAAGAACCUAGUAGAAUUGUUCCUCCUGAACAAAGAAUUAAAGGUUAUCGGUAUGGACCACAAGUAGUUCCUAUUUCGUCUGCCGAAUGGGAUGCAGUAAAGUUCAAACCAGAGAAGAGUGUGAAGCUUCUGGGUUUUACAGAUGUGUCUAACAUAAUGCGGCACUAUUACAUGAAAGACGUCUCCAUCUUCAUUGCCGAUCCGGGUAAUAAAAAGGCCAUUCUCUCAGUUUCUGCCUUAGCUAGAGCUAUGAAGGAAAUGAAGAAGGUAGCAAUUCUCCGUUGUGUUUGGAGACAGGGUCAAGGGAAUGUCGUUGUUGGGGUACUUACCCCUAAUGUAUCGGACAAAGACAAUACUCCGGAUUCAUUUUACUUCAAUGUUCUUCCUUUUGCUGAGGAUGUCCGAGAGUUCCAGUUACCCUCAUUCAGUAACUUCCCUAUGUCACGGCAGCCAAAUGAAGAACAACAGGAGGCAGCAGAUAACCUGGUAAAAAUGUUUGAUCUUGCCCCAACUGGCAAAGAAGAAGCUCUGCAGCCGGAUUUCACACCGAAUCCCGUUCUGGAGCGUUUUUAUCGCCAUCUUGAAUUGAAAUCAAAGCACCCUGAUGCACCUGUGCCUCCACUUGACGAUACUCUCAAGAAGAUAACACAACCUGAUCCAGAAAUUCUUUCUGAGUGCAAAUCUGUUGUUGAUGAAUUUCGUAGGCUUUUUGAACUCAAGGAAAAUCCCAAGCUGAAGAAGUCUGCAAAGCGGUUACUCAGGGAUAAACCUUCUCGAUCAGAUGAGGAAGGAGAGGGUUCUGGGAAUGCUAAUGAUGUUGGAGCAGUGAAGUACAUAGAAAAUAAAUCGGCAGGCAAUAUUGAUAAAAUUGGGGACUUGACUCCUGUUCAAGAUUUUGAAGCUAUGAUGUCUCGAAGAGAUAGCCCAGAGUGGGUUAAUAAAGCAAUUAAGGACAUGAAAAAUAAAAUUUUUGACAUGGUGGAGAACUCUUGUGAAGGGGAUACCUAUCAGAAGGCACUGGAAUGUUUAGUAUCCCUCCGCAAGGGUUGUAUCCUUGAGCAAGAACCCAAACAGUUCAACGAAUUUUUGCGUCAUCUUUAUAAAUUCUGCCAAGAGAAAGACCUUAACAACUUCUGUGAGUUCCUUGCGUCCAAAGGGGUCUCUUUGAUCACAAAGACUGAAGCUGUAGACAGCGAAGUUACAGACGAUGAGGCUAGGAGCUUUACGGUUAAAAAAGAGCCAAAACAUGAGGAAGAACGAGGAGUGAAUAGCUUGCUUUAAUGGUUAUUAGACAUGUCUUGAUAUUUUGUGGUGUAUAGUCUCAUCCUAGUUCUGCUGGAAUUGGAACAAAUCACGUUUGUAGUCAGAUGUUUUUUAUUCAAUAUGAAAUUAGCUUAAUUUUAUAGCUUGAAGAGUCUCGUAUGGGUGUGUUUUGUUGAAUGGGUUAUGGUAUUGGUAC